UUGCUUCCGGCCGACGUGUUCCUCAAGAAGAGGAGUGGGUGAGAUCAUAGCGACAUGGCGCCCCCGGCACCUGGUACAGCCUCUGGCGGCUCCGGGGAUGUGGAUGAGCUGUUCGACGUGAAGAACGCCUUCUACAUCGGCAGCUAUCAGCAGUGCAUUAACGAGGCGCAGCGGGUGAAGCCAUCAAGCCCAGAGAGAGACGUGGAAAGAGACGUUUUUCUGUACAGAGCGUACCUCGCACAGAGGAAGUAUGGCGUGGUCCUGGAUGAGAUCAAGCCCUCCUCGGCCCCUGAGCUCCAGGCUGUGCGCAUGUUUGCGGAGUACCUGGCCAGCGAUAGCCAGAGGGACAUGAUUGUCGCUGAGCUGGACCGAGAAAUGAGCAGGAGUGUGGAUGUGACCAACACCACCUUCUUGUUGAUGGCUGCCUCCAUCUAUUUCCACGACCAGAACCCAGACGCCGCCCUGCGCACCCUACACCAGGGGGACAGUCUGGAAUGCAUGGCCACGACAGUGCAGAUCCUGCUGAAGCUGGAUCGCCUGGACCUUGCCCGGAAGGAGCUGAAGAAAAUGCAGGACCAAGACGAGGAUGCCACCCUCACCCAACUGGCCACUGCCUGGGUCAACCUGGCUGUGGGUGGCGAGAAGCUGCAAGACGCCUACUACAUCUUCCAGGAAAUGGCCGACAAGUGCUCAUCUACUCUGCUACUGCUCAAUGGACAGGCGGCCUGCCACAUGGCCCAGGGCCGCUGGGAGGCCGCCGAGGGCGUGUUGCAGGAGGCACUAGACAAGGACAGCAGCCACCCAGAGACGCUCAUCAACCUCAUCGUCCUGUCCCAGCACCUGGGCAAGCCCCCUGAGGUGACAAACCGCUAUCUGUCCCAGCUGAAGGAUGCUCACAGGUCCCACCCCUUCAUCAAAGAGUACCAGGCCAAGGAAAACGAUUUUGACCGGCUGGUGCUGCAGUAUGCCCCGAGUGCCUGAGGCCGGCCCCAGAUGCAGUUUCCAUGGUGCGAAGGUGUGGCCCAGCCAUGCUGCCGUCCCCACCGGGCACCGGCCCUCAUCCUCUCUCCCUCGCUCUGGCCAGAGGCAGAGGCUGGAAGCCCAGUCCCCUUCUUUCAAUAAAUGUCUCCACUCUGGG